ACUUCUCCUCCCUUGUUCCAAACUGUUGCAAACACAGUGAAUAUUUGGUCCAUAACUGGAGACAGUGGAAACGACACCAGCUUUGGAGUUAGUUCAGACCUGCAUCUGCUGCAUAGCUGAAAUCUUGGGCAACUCUUUCAGUCUGGCAUGGCAGAAAAACCAAUGAAUAUGUCCACACAAAUACCUGAUGAAGAAGAUGUGCGAAAAGAAGAUAAUAUUCGUUCCUUAACUAUGCUCGAUCAUUUUGGUUUUGAAUGUUUGCCUCAUCAAUUGGUGAACAAAUCUAUUCAACAAGGAUUCUCUUUUAAUAUUCUCUGUGUGGGGGAAACUGGAAUUGGAAAAUCAACACUGAUUGACACAUUGUUUAAUACUAAUUUGAAAGACAAAAAAUCCUCACAUUUUUACUCAAAUGUUGGACUCAAAAUUCAGACAUAUAAACUUCAGGAAAACAAUGUUCAGUUGAAAUUAACUGUUGUGAAUACAGUGGGAUAUGGUGAUCAAAUAAACAAAGAAGCCAGCUACCAACCAAUAGUUGACUACAUAGAUGCUCAAUUUGAGGCCUAUCUUCAAGAAGAAUUGAAAAUUAAACGUUCCUUCAUUGACUACCAUGAUUCUCGUAUCCAUGUGUGCCUGUACUUCAUUUCACCUACAGGACAUUCUCUGAAGUCCCUUGAUUUAUUAACCUUGAAGAAUAUUGACACUAAGGUGAACAUUAUACCACUGAUUGCCAAAGCAGAUACAUUGUCAAAAAGUGACUUACAGAAAUUUAAGUUUAAGAUAAUGAAUGAAUUGGUUAGUCAUGGCAUACAGAUAUACCAGUUCCCAACAGAUGAUCAAAGUACUGCUCAAGUGAACUCCUCAAUGAAUGGACACUUACCUCUUGCUGUAGUGGGAAGUACGGAUGAAGUGAAAGUUGGAAAAAGGGUGGUCAGAGGCCGUCAGUACCCUUGGGGAGUUUUACAAGUGGAAAAUGAGAAUCACUGUGACUUUGUUAAGCUCCGGGAUAUUCUUCUUAGCACAAAUAUGGAAGACCUGAAACAACAAACCCACACUUGGCACUAUGAAAAUUAUAGGUGCUGCAAACUGCAGGAGAUGGGCUUCAGUGAUGUUGGCCCAAAUAACCAGCCAGUUAGUUUUCAAGAGAUCUAUGAAGCCAAAAGACAGGAGUUCUCUGAUCAAUGUCAGAGGGAAGAAGAGGCGUUGAAACUGAAGUUUAUGCAGCUAGUAAAGGAGAAAGAAGCAACAUUUAAAGAAGCUGAAAAAGAGCUACAGGACAAGUUUGAGCAUCUUAAAAGAGUGCAACAAGAGAAGACAAUGCAACUUGAGGAGGAGAGAAGACAAUUGGAAGAAGAAAUAAUAGAUUUUUAUAAAAUGAAAGCUGCCUCUGAAACAUUGAAGACUCAGGUGUGCACCAAUAUAAAGAAAGACAAAGAUCAUAAGAAAUAGUCCUUUCUUACCAUUCUUUAUGUUGUAGUGCUCUAUCAUUUUUGAUGCUAUCUUUCUGUGAGAUUGUCUUCAUGGCACUUAACUCUGAUUAAAGUUUUACUAAUUUUUAAUGUUUUUGCCUGUAUAUUUUCCCCAACUAGAAUGUGAGCUCCUUGAGAGCAAGUACUUUGACCAGCUUAUUAGAUGCUCUAUCUUCAGUGUUUAGAACAAAGAGUUGCACAGAGUUGGCAAUCAAUAAAUAUCUACUAAAAUGAAAAGAAGUAAGAGACUACAUAGCACAGUGUAAAAAGUGCUGGUUAGCUGUGGGAAUUCUUGUACCAUAGCCCUGCCUGUGGCUCCAGUGCACAAGUAUGAUUUUUUUCAUAUCUAAAUAGAAGUGGGAGAUUUCUUAAGGAGUCAUAGGCGUAAAAUAUUAUGUUACAAAAAGCUAAUUCUUAGGCUUAUUUUUCUUAUCAAUUCUAUUGAUAAUGAUCCUUAAUAGUUUGUAUUACAAUAAAGGUUGAGUUUUUAAUUAGAA